AGAGAGAGAGAGAGAGAGAGAGAGAGAGGAUGUUUGUUGUGGAGGACAAAGGGGGAGCAAUUGCUCUAAUGUUUGCUGCCCUGUUUUUCUUGGGUACAUGGCCUGCUCUGUUGGCCAUGUUAGAGAGGAGGGGGCGCUUACCCCAACACACUUACCUUGAUUACUCCAUAACCAAUCUUUUCGCUGCCAUUAUCAUUGCUCUCACUUUUGGUGAGAUUGGUAGUAGCAAACCUGGAAUGCCCAAUUUCCUCACUCAACUUUCACAGGACAAUUGGCCUUCUGUUUGCUUUGCCAUGGCUGGUGGUAUGGUUCUCAGUCUUGGGAAUCUUUCUACUCAAUAUGCUUGGGCCUAUGUCGGUCUUUCGGUUACAGAAGUGGUCUCAGCAUGCAUUACAGUGGUUAUUGGAACAACAAUGAACUAUUUCUUGGAUGAUCGCAUCAAUAGAGCUGAGAUCCUCUUCCCUGGAGUGGGGUGUUUUGUUAUUGCUGUUUGUCUUGGAUCAGCUGUCCAUUCAUCCAAUUUCGCUGAUAUUAAAGCAAAGCUUAGUGUUAAGGGCAACGAACUGGUGAGUAUCAAAUUAAAUUCAGGAGUUACAACAAGCACAGAUGUAACUACUGAUUUGGAGAAGGGAAAGUAUGAGGCUGUUCCUUUCACUGAUAAGGAAGUAGGGGCGGGAACUGCAGAGUUUUUUAUGGCACUUGAGAGCAGAAGGUCAAUCAAGGUUGUGGGUACCAGCACCAUGUUUGGGAUGUGGAUUGUGUUCAUGUCAGGCAUUUGUUUCUCUCUUUUCUCUCCUGCAUUCAACUUGGCUACAAAUGAUCAAUGGCACACAUUGAAACCUGAGGUUCCUCAUUUGGUUGUGUACACCGCGUUUUUCUACUUCUCCAUCUCUUGUUUUGUUCUAGCCAUCAUUCUAAAUGUCACCUUCCUGUAUCACCCCAUUCUUGGACUACCAAAGUCAUCUCUUACCGCUUAUGUAAAGGAUUGGAAGGAAAGGCAAUGGGCUCUUUUGGCAGGAUUUUUGUGUGGAUUUGGAAAUGGUUUUCAGUUCAUGGGCGGCCAAGCAGCGGGGUAUGCAGCUGCUGAUGCAGUUCAGGCACUUCCUCUUGUAAGCACCUUUUGGGGAAUAUUAUUAUUUGGGGAGUUCAGGAGAUCAUCAAAGAUGACUUAUAUCUUGCUUGUAGCCAUGUUGUUCAUGUUUGCUGCAGCAGUGGGUGUGCUCAUGGCUUCAUCUGGUCACAGGAAGAGAGAGUCAAGAGAAAUUUCAUAUUCAAAUAAAUUGAACUAUUUGUGAUUGAUCGACCGAUAUUUAGUCAUAGUAAUUGGCAAUCUAUCCUUGUGUUAACUUA